CUAAAAAUUCUUUUGUAAAGAGUCAGCCAAAUAAUAAAAAAAAUAAUGACAACUAGAUAAAAAGUGAGGUUAAGUUUAAACGUCAUGAAAAAAGUUUAGGAAACAAAAAUGGACAUAAGUGCGUUUUCCGAUGAUAAUUUCGAUACCAAAGCGUGGAUAAACGAUAUUUUAAAAAAUGCAGAAACUCAGGAUAAAAAAGAGAAUUAUACAACGUCCCUGGUGAUGAAAUUACAAUUAUGCGUUCAACAAGUGAACAGUGCACUUGAAGACACAAGUCAGCAGAUCCUAAUGUCACUGCCAAAAAUUAUUCGAGACACUAAAAACCUCCAUCAGGAAGCAGCAAUUUUAAAGGAAAAAAUGGCUGCGGUACGUAGCGAAAUCGUAAAAAUUGAACAAGAUACUGGAAAGUCAAUAAAUACAAUUGAAAAGUUGGACACAAUUAAAAAUGAACUGAAUUUAGCCAAGCAGGGGCUACAUGAGAGCGACAAUUGGACUAUUUUAGUUAACGACUUGGAAGAAGUUUUUGAUUCUAAAAACAUUGAAAAUAUUUCCACAAAAAUAAUUGGGAUGCAGAGAUCUUUGCAACUAUUGGUCAAUGUUAGUGACUAUGAAGACCGUAAAUUACAGUUGGAAGGACUCAAAAAUCGACUAGAAGCAAUUGCUAGUCCAGCUAUAGUCCAGGCUUUCACUUCUUCCAACACAGAACAAUCAUCAAUGUUUGUAAGGAUAUUUAAAUCAAUGGGGCGUCUUCCACAACUGCUAAAGUAUUACCACAAGUGCCAGAAAGACGUCUUAUUGAAAAAAUGGCGCAACCAAUUAGAAAUUGAACAAGACGAAUCUGUCACUCAAUGGAUUCACAAUUUUUACGGCAUUAUGUUAUCUAAUUGGCACACCCAACAAAAAUGGUUCAACCAAGUCUUUGUUAAUCAAAACAGUUGUGAAUCAUUCGUUGAGAUCUACACUGAUGUACUCACCUCUUUAGACCCGACUCUCAACGAAUGUAUAGACGCCGCUUUAAAACAAGUUGAAGAUAAACUAAAUUUCCUCUUUGAAAUCAAACAAAUCACACAACAAUUUGCUGCCAACUUAAUUGACGUAAUUAAUCAAUCACCUGGUGGAAAACUAGCCCACGACAAGUGUUUGAUGCUUUUACAAGCAGUUUACAAUCAUUUAAUCACAUACACAAGCAAAUACGCGGCUUAUGAACAAGCCCACUUAAUGAAAAAAUUAUCAACGAUAAAUUGUAUGAAAGAUGAGCUUACUGAUACGAUCCAAGCUCUCGGUUUGAGUAUUCCUCAAGUAAUCGACAUUGCCCGAGAUGCUAAAAAGCGAUGUCAACAAAUUACCGAAAACUGCGGUUAUUGUGGCUUGAUAAUCGCCCUUAGGGCUUUUCUACUAAGCUAUGCGGAUCAGUACAGGGUCGCAUUGAGACAAAUUGACCGGAGUAAGAAACAAGAAGAGGAUUGGGGCACCUUCCAGUUGUGUUUAUCCCUUCUUCAAAACACAGGUGAAGUCUUGUUGAAUUUGCAACAAUUGGAGAAAGACUUAACUGGAACUAUACUCGAAACUAAUCAAAAUAAAGAAGAGUUUGAGUACAAGUAUUUACUGUUGAGUGCCUCUGACCGAAAAGAGUUCGAGUCUUUGGUCAGGUGUGUCACUGAAGGGACACAACUGUCCCUCCUCGACCAUGUCAACACAGAAUUUAAUAAACUGUGCUCUGAUAUACACCACACGACGUAUCAAGUGGUUUUCGCCCCAAUUUCGGUGCAGUUAGAUGUGGUGCAAUCGCCAAAAACGUGGUCACAAUUCGCAAACUCGUCAAUUCACAAUUCCGACUUGCCUGAUUACAGUUUCUCGCCCCAGGAAUAUAUCACACAGAUUGGUCAAUAUUUGAUGACUUUACCCCAACAUUUAGAACCAUUCCUGUUCAGAGAUAAUCCAUCGCUCACUUGCGCUUUGAAGGCAGUGGAUCAGGAGUAUAGCACUGCGGGAGAGAUUGAGGGGGCUCUAGCUCACGUGUUCCUCAAGUUUAUAGCCAGGAGGACUUGUCAAGGCUUCUGUGAACGGAUUUUGUCAAUUUUUGAAUUAAGUCAACCCGCGAGCCGGCAAUUGGCUCACGAUAUCGGUUACUUGGAGAAUGUGUUGCAGGAUUUGGGAAUUUCGUUAGGAGAGAACUUGCAACAACUAGCAACAUUAUUAAAACUACCAAACGAUCAGUAUCACUCUGGUAGUACCGGGUGUUCAGCUAGGUAUGUCGCCGCAGUUCGCCAAAUGAGAAAUAUAACAUCCAAUUAAUCUAUUUUAUUUAUACUUUUUAACUUAUUGUUUUGUACAAAACAGUUUAUAGCAAUAAAAUCUAUUUUUGUUCUU